AUGGCACUUCUUCCUUCUGGUAGCUUCAGCAAACCGAUAUGGAUCAGUACUUUGGAAAACUGCACAGCAGAAUCUCGCGCCACAUUGUGGACACUGCUGCUGAAAGAGCUGUCUGUUGUCGCCAAGAGUCCGCUGACGAACCUGGCAAUCAACGACGGAAUACCGCUUCAAAAAGACGGUGAGUCGGGUGAAGAGAAUGUAUUGCGCAGUCCCACAGGUCUGCGAAUGCUUCACGGCGAUUUUGGCCCGUUUCGCACUGAAGGCGAGAUACCGACAGCAAAGGACUUUGACAAGGCGCUUUGGGUCUCGACAAAGCAGAACGGUAUAUAUCAGACAUGGGCCCCCAGGUGGACCAUGUUCAGCCGUGGUAACGUCAAGGAAAAGGCCCGGCUCCUGGAUUUCGAGCGUUCGAGCUCCGUCUCUGACGGUCGGCCAUGGGCCGUGGAUUUAUACGGCGGAAUCGGCUACUUUGUCUUUUCAUAUGCGGCCCUCGGGAUGCGCGUCCUGUGCUGGGAGAUUAAUCCUUGGAGCGUGGAGGGCCUGCGACGAGGCGCGCAAGCGAACCGUUGGAGCGUCAAGGUGAUCUCUGACCCGGCAGAUCUUGCCCGGCCAGCGGAGGAGAUUCUCGACAGCGGCGAGCAAAUCGUUGUGUUCUUGGAAGACAACCAGCUGGCGCAGGGCAGGAUACUGGGGCUGCAAGAAAUGGGCAUGGCCAAGCACAUUGCUCACAUCAAUGGUGGCUUCUUGCCUACGAGCGAGCCGACAUGGGAGCCUGCGUGGAACAUGGCGAGGCAGAGCGUCGCGUCGCAGACGUGGCUACACUUGCAUGAAAAUGUGGGCGUGCAUGACAUUGAAGCUCGCAGGGCCGAGACAGAAGAGCGAUUCCGACAGUGGAAUACGACUCAAGGUGGCUCACGCGACGUGGCAGUUAGCCAUGUGGAACAGGUAAAGACUUUUGCGCCAGGAGUUUGGCACUGUGUCUUUGAUGUGUGUAUUGCACUGUCGCAGAUCUAG